GGGUUGCGAAUGCUGCCAUUAAUGGAGGCGACAAACCUUCGAUUCCCCACUGAUCUUUGAGCCUCUCCUGUUCCUCACUGAGCUCUCUUUCCCUCACUCUUAUAAGCUCCAUCUUCUCCUCACUCUCUUCCAAACUUCCUAGUUCCCCUUCCAACCCCUCCACCCUCAAUAUAUUAAUUAGAUCCUGCAAAUCACAAACUCUCAUCAUCUCCUUCUUCUCUUCAUCGACAAACCUUAUAUAUGCGGCUCCACUCCACACUAAAUCACAACUAAUAAGCUCUCCCUCACAAUAUUAUAUGCUUAUCGGCUAAGUAAUCGGUCCAGUCUCUGGCUGUGCCUUCUCCCUCAAUCCCUCGAAAUGGAUUAUCAACCCAACACAUCUCUUCAUCUGAGCUUAGCUAGUAGUAAUGACCAACCAAGCCUAGAGCUCUACCUCGACCCUUCCUCCUCUUCCUUGUCCUCCUCCUGCCCAGCCCACGAGCCCCGUAUAUUCUUGUGCAACUUCUGCCAGAGGAAGUUUUACAGCUCCCAGGCGCUGGGAGGACACCAGAACGCGCACAAGCUCGAGCGGACAUUGGCCAAGAAGAGCCGUGAGCUAAGCUCGGUAGUCAACAAGCCCCAAGAGGAUCGGCCGACUGGCAGGGGCUCUCGCCACAUCGGGCGGUUUCAGCCCUCGGUGGCAGCCCAUGCAGGCAGGUUUGGGCCCGGCGACAUGAGCUUCAGGAGGAGUUCUACUGGAGACCAUCACAUGGACGUGAACUAUGGUGGCCUUAGGGAAGGCUUGAGUUCAUGGACGACGACCAAAGGGUACAGUGCUGGCAGGCAUGAGGGUAGUAGUCAUCAUGUUCAAGACGAGUUUUCCCACCUCGAUUUGUCUCUCAGGCUUUAACAUUACAAUAAGGAGAGGCAUGGCAUCAUCAUUAUUCAUUAAUUAAGCUCUCCAAAACAAACAUAUAUAAUUCCUUCAUCAAGCUUGUUAUAUUAAUUAUUUCAGGUUUUUUCUCUCUAUGUAUGUGAUUUCAAUUUUCAUAUAUAUAUAUAUAUAUAUAAUGGAAAAUAGCUCGAUUGGAGGAUUGGAGGGUUCAAUCGAAGGAAAUUGUUCAAUUAUAUUAUUGUACUUUUUAUUCUUCUGAAAAUGUAUUCAGGGUCAAGCUGACGCCCGAAUGAGGAUUAGUUCACAAAUAGGCUGAGGAAAAUCUUGAGUUCGCUAAGAAAGAGAUUGAGGUCUUGGCAAUUCCUUUUCUUUGCUGGCCUCAAUUUUAUUGCUCAUAUAUAUAGUAUUGAUAAUGAAUGGGACUUACAAGAAAUUGGUAGGGCA